UGAGGCGACGUUGAUUUGCUAACUCUGGUUGCUUCCUGCAUGACGAGGUCAGAAGACGAUCUAAACUGGAUACUUACAAAGCUUGAUAUAAAGAUAUUUCAUUUAGGCUACAGCAGCUGCACCGCAACUCCGGAAUCCAUCAUGUCUCUUACCGUCAAGAGCAUAUCUGUAAUUUACAACCCGGUUAAUCAGAGUAACACGUUCACCAACGGAGACUUUAUAUCGGGACAAAUAAUUCUCGAAGUUGCGAAGGAUACACAAAUGCAGUCUUUGGGUAUCAAAAUCAAAGGGAAGGCGGACGUCUACUGGACCGAACGACAUGGCAAAACUACUGUUGUUUACUCAGACAAGGAAAAAUAUUAUUCAAUAGAGAGGUUUUUCGUUCACGAAGACAAAAAACACGAGCACGCGUUACUGAAAGAUCCUUCUGGACAGCCUUAUUGCGCGGUUGUAGGACCAGGACGUCAUGUUUACCCAUUCCUGUUUCAGCUGCCUCAACAGAACUUUCCCCCAUCUUUCAAGGGUUCAGUAGGCAAAAUUGUGUACAGUUUGAAGGCGAAACUGUCUAGGUCAAUGCGUAUUUCUAGCACAGCCACAGCUGAGUUCCAAUAUGUCCCCAGACCUGAGCUGUCUAAUCCUGAACUAAUGGCGCCUCAGUAUGGAAGCAAAGAUAAACAAAUGAAGUUCUUUACAUCUGGGAGUGUUUCUAUGAACAUAAGCACUGAGAAAAUGGGAUACUAUCUUGAUGAGGGGUUAAAAGUUUUGGCUGAAAUUCAUAACAAUUCAUCCCGUGCCAUCAAGCCAAAAUACUGCCUGUAUCAAAAGCACAGUUUCUUUGCAAGAGGCAAAAGAAGACUACACACACAUGACGUUAUUAAGGAGGAAGGGGAACCUAUUGAGCCAAACACAAACAAGAAUAUCACUAAAGUGCUCACCAUCCCGCCCAGCCUUACCAUCUCGACCCUAAACUGUAGAAUUAUUAAGGUUGAGUACAGACUCAGAGUCUACCUGGAUGUGCCGUACGCCUCCGAUCCAGAGAUCAAAUUUCCGAUAGUGUUUCUUGCUCCUCAAACUACCUCAGGUGCAAAGGGUCCCACUAACAGUGACUUUGGAAUUUGGAACCAACAAGCAGGAGGCAGUGCAUACCCCAAUGCACCCCCAUCUGCCCCACCUGCACCUCCAUCUGCCCCACUUGCACCUCAGUUUGGUGCCCCUGGUUACUCUGGACCGCCUGGUCAGUUUGGCGCCCCUGGUUACUCUGGACCUCCUGGUUACUCUGGACCUCCUGGUCAGUUUGGUGCCCCUGGUUACUCUGGACCGCCUGGUCAGUUUGGUGCCCCUGGUUACUCUGGACCCCCUGGUCAAUUUGCUGCUUCUGGUUACUCCGGACCUCCAAGUCAAUUUCCUCCUCCUAGUUACCCUGGACCUCCAGCUCAACAAUGUCCUUCAAAUCCUCAACAGCCCGAUUCAUCAGCUCCACCUCCUUAUCAGGAAUAUCAAUUAUAUCCACAGUUGCCUGAUGACACUAAAAAAUCUUGACAGAGUGAUUUUACACUUACCUUUGUGCUUCAUUUUUGAUUGUCUGAACUAUUUGUUUAUCUGUGUGGAUUUGUUAAAAUGAUACAUGUUUUUAUGUGAGCUAGUGUAGUUUUAGAAAGUUAUUUUAAUUAGCAUAAAUAUAGAUUUUAGUAUUUCUGUCUCUAUACCUGCAUAAAGGGAAAUUUACAUUUAUAAUAUGAAUGUAUUUAGUAUAAUGGUAACACUUUACAAAAAGGGUGUAUUAGUAAACAACAUUAGUAAAUGCAUUAACUGAAAUUAACAAACAAUGAUUAAUGUAGUAUUCAGACUUUAACAAACUUAAUAAUGUUGGUUUAUGAGAUGAGAUUUAUUUAUUUAUCCUUUUGGAAACUUGUUCUGCACCAUAAAGCAUGCCUGAUACAUCUAUACAUAAUGACAAUUAGACAAAAUAACAGAACAAACACAAAACAAAAUACAAAAGAGUUCCCCUCGCCCCAACAACCCCUCACUCAUGUACAAAACAUCAGGACAAAAGAUCCCCACUACAUAACUAGGACAAAGUGCAGUUUUGCAUACCAUGAUAGUCCCACAAGGGAGAAAGUACAUGGUGCUAUUGUAAAGUGCUGUCCUCCAGGUACCCCUCCUUAUUCAUCAAUACAAUGCUAGUUGGUAUAAAAGACUUACUAGCUCGAUUUGUUUGAAAAUAAGGUAGCCUAAAUCUCCUUCUUGAUUGCAACAUCUCAUAUGUCUGAUGUAGGGGAUGUGACUCAUCUUUAUGUAUUGCUUGACCUUUCUUCAACACCCUUCUUGCACAGGUACUAGCCAUGCUUUCUAAUUCUGUUCCAGCAACCUUACUGGCCAAAUUAACUAUCUUACUCAGUCUGUUUUUGUUGAUUACAGACAAGGAGAAAUACCAGGCUACACAACAAAAAAAGUAGUGUGCUCUCCACAAAUGAAUGGUAGAAAAGCAGCAUAAUUUCUCUAUCCACUCUAAAUUGUCUCAACCUCCUCAUGAAAUGCACCCUUUGCAUCCCCUUUUUAUAGAUGGUGUCAAUAUUACUGUUCCAUUUCAGCUUAUUGUCUACUAUUGUGCCUAAGUACUUAUGCUCAGUUACUAUCGCAACUU